GGUGUUUCACGUGAAACUCCGGAGGAAAAGACACCGGCGUGCCAGCUGCACAACGGGAGUCGUGAGAGCAGCAUCGCCAUCACAAAAAAUGCAGGCGCUCCUGCUCCCAUCGCGGCUGCCGCCAACUCCGCCGCCGCUUCUCCGGCGGCGGCCGCUUUCCGCGGCUACGUAUCUCGCCAGCCCUCCCCUCCACGGAGCUACCCUCCCUACUGGCCGCCUCUGCUGCGGAGGCGGCGAAGGCGCUCCGCGGCGCCUCACGGUGGCGGCUGCGUCUUCCUCCUCCUCGUCGGGCCCUCUCUACCCGACGCCUCCUCCCUCUGAGCAGACAAUUGAGCGCGCGAAGCUCGAGCAGGUUAUCAAGAGACUAGAGAAAACAGCAAGGUAUUUCAAGAAUUUGGGUACUCUAGGAUUCUGGUCCCAGUUGGUGUGCACAUUUGUUUCUGCUGGAAUAUUGUCGUUCUCUACGGUUGUUACUGGGCAAGUGACAUCCCCCUUUACAUUCUACGCAACUUCUGCUGGUGUUGCUGCGGCAUUUAUUUCAGUGUUCUGGUCAUUUGGUUACAUCCGUCUUUCUGAAAGACUUCGAAAAACAGCAAGUGCACCCGCAAAGGCUCCUCCCCGUGCUGAUGUAAUUAAAAGUCUAAAAAAUGGCAUCCUGCUCAAUGUGCUUGGGAUGGGCGCUGCUGUUCUUGGCAUGCAAGCAACUGUUGGUGCUUUGGUAGCAAAAGCACUUACGACCUCUGCAGUCCCUUAUUAUCAGGCAACUUCCUCUGGCCAAAGUCCUGUUUUGGCUCUAGAUGUAUUCCUAGUUCAGGCUUCAGCCAACACCAUCCUGUCGCAUUUCCUUGGGCUGGCAAGCUCCCUGGAGCUGCUCCGUUCCGUGUCGAUCCCUCCGACGGAAGCUGCACCGGCAUGAGCCCUUCUACUUCCAGCAGGCCAAGCUAAGACCGGCGGCAUGAACACCGCCGCGCUCCUUCAUUUCCUUAUCAGACUGUGCCAGCCCAGGAACAACAGCACCGCGCGGGCACCUGUAUGUUUCGCUUUCCGGCUUAAAUCAGCAACGACGUGGCCUCGUGAUCCUUCGCCGCUUUUAUUAUUCCUUUCAGCUUUUGAUCGGACCGUAAUUCCUAGUGAGCAGCAGGCAGCAGCCCUGAUCUGCACGUGCUGUAUGUACGUGGAUGCAAACAGUCUCGUUUUGAACACAGGAUUACAACUUGCGAUUGCGA